UUAUCAAGAAAACUUUCACAGUUUCACUUAGUUUAGUUUGAAUUACCCGUAACGAAAAGAAAGGAGAUUACAACAUGUAUUUAUUUGGACAGAUUAUGGUCCUUCAUGCGCGUCUUUUCUAGCGUUAGUUCACUAAUUAGAUUCACCUGUGGGAAAUUGUCCCUAUAGCUACACUCGCACACCGCUAAUUAUGAACGUAAGUUUGUUAAUUUUUUUAACAAUUAAAUGCAAUCGUUUCUUCGUGAAUUAUUGCCUCGCUGCCUAAAAAACGGUAAUAUUAUCGUAAAACAUGGUAAAUUAUGGAAACGUAUUUAGAUUUGCUAAUGUUAGUGAAUAUAGGACCCCAUUGAAGAGAUCAGCGGUGUAACGCUAACUAUAGGCCUAUCUAUUACAAUUAUAUUGAUCAAAACGAUGCGUAUUUUUCACAUUUUCUAUCAGUUCGAAAUAAUUUUGGAGGAUGCCUUCGUCAGCAAUAAUGUUGGAGCCAUCACAGCAGCACUUCUGAGGGAGAAAGCCUCCAAGUCGUUGGUUAACAGAUUGAACAAAGUCGCUAACAAGGAACUUGACAGAAGUGUGUUCAAAAGUGUCACUUUGCUUUUGAGAGCAAUUGAAGAUGUAUGCCAGUAUGAUGAAGACUGCUUUAACUGCCUGGCCAGGCAAGGUCUCGUUUACAAGAAUUUCCACAUGUUGACGUGGUUUGAAAGAGCUGCAGACUUUCUGAAAAUGGAAGAAUACAAAGGUGUGAAGGACCUGCCCAGCCUUAUUGAGACCUUUUUUGAUUUUUUCCUGCGUUUGCCUCCUUCUGUUGAAGACAGAGGUCAGCUCACCAGCGUCUUCCUGCUGCAUGUUGGAGUGGUUGGGACCGAUCAAGACGUCACGUUUAGUCUGAGAUUAGAGGCUAUAAGGACGAUUAACUCGAUCCUCGACAAUACCACAAAAGAAGAGAGGAGGAAACUGAGCAUGUCCAAAGACCAUUGUCUACUCCUUGAGCAAUUUGCAAAAGCCAUUCUCAAUGUGGGCGACUAUGAGAUGCAGGUGGCCCUAUCAGAAGCACUCUGUCGAAUGACCAUAAAGAGGUCGAGGAAAGAGCUGACCAACAAGUGGUUUGCCAACCCAGUUUUUGCAGAGGGCUUCAACGCAAUAAACGAUACAGAAUUUGAGAUAGACUGCAGGACUUUUCUCAAUGACUUGAACAGCUAUUUUGGAGAUGAAAGAAGGGUGUUCACGUUCCCCUGCAUCUGUGUGUUUCUUGACACCACUGAGCUGUUCAUGCCAGAGGAUGAGAAACUGGAACAUUUCUGGGUGGACUUCAACCUAGGAACGUCCUGUAUCAGCCUCUUUGUUAACAACCCCGAGGGUUCACUGUGGGAAUCAAUCCAUUUGCUAAGAGCAGACGUCUUUAGGUUCAGUGUGUGUGACUGUGAUAAUCAGACCAUUCUGACCGUUCACCUGUCGAACCCCCUCACCUAUCGCAUGACCAAGGGAAAGAUGGUCCAGAUCAUCUUCGAUCCCAAGCAUGACAUCCUGGAUGCUGCCAAGAGGGUCUUUGAAAGCAAACGACUACUGCAAAGUGUACGUUCAGAUGACCAGCCAUCGAUACAACACGUCAUGGAACCCUUGCAAUCAGUAGAUCUCGACGAGCUAGCUGCAUUGGAGACCUCAUCACUGUCCCCUACUCUGGCAACUGCAGGCAGCACAGAGAUCCCUGCUGUAAACCAGACCAGUCUGGCAACAGCUCUGUCUCGGGAAAGAAUUGAAACUUCACCGGAGGACAUCUUCGAACUGUGUGCCAGCUCUGACACUGAGGUGGCCAGAGCAAAAACAAGGCUCUUCAGCACUCAGUCUCUCUCCUCUGGCGGGUCAACACACUCCACCCCAACCAACAAGGAGAAACAGCAGCAAAAGUCUAAAUCAAAAGGCUCUCCUCCCCCUGCUGAGGCUGGCAGCAGUGUGAUCCUGUCCCAGCUGGCCAAACACGACUACACCAGGAAGAAGCCCAAAACCAAGAGCAAACUGAAGAUUCUCCCCCUGUCCUCUCCCAGCAGUGCAGAGGAGGCCUCCCCUGUCAAGCAUCGUACACCAGCAUGCAAAUCAGCGGAGGGAACACCAAGUAAAAACAUUGCAGAACGGCUAUUUGACAAGCUCAAAGAGGAAAAAACUCUGGAGUUUUCUCCUCCGUCCAACCUGAUAUCACGAGAUUCAGGCAAGCUAUACAGUGCCUUCAGAAAGUAUUCAGACCCCUUUUUUUCCACAUUUUGUUACACUACAGCCGAGCAUUCGGGCUUCCAUGAUGUGACUGGAGUGGACUGGGAUGAAUCUGUGUUUCACCAGGAGGAACAAGAUGAAUCUACACCUACUGACCAUGUUCCCAAUCAGGAGGCUGGAAUUCAUAGGAAGAGGCCUUGGGCCUCAGCAGAGCGUGCUGACUCGGGAGGUGCAGCAGAGAAGAAGAGUGUGCCGCUAGAAAGGGAUCCAAGGCAAAGACCCAGGGCCUUCUUUCCCUCAGAACCUCUUGAGGAAGCUGCUGAAUCAAUGAGCAGAGUGCUGAAUGAGGAGGUGGAGUCGGAGAUGGAGAUGGGCUCUGGAGUCAUCGCUGCAUUCCAGACCUUCAAGAGCCAGCUGAGGGCGCACUUCUCGUCCAGAUACAAGAAGAUUGAAGCCCGCUCCCUGCAGUCUCUGAUGGACUGUCAGAAAAACGUCACCUCUCUCCUGGGUGCUGUCCACGACAGCAGGCUGGUCCACCUGGAGCGCUUCCAGGCCACCGUAGUCCAGGAGCUGGGCCGUCUGGAGAAUGACUGCAUCUCGCUCAAAGAGAUCGAGUGGGAAACUGUGAACUUUUGGCAGAGCGAGUCUCAGUCCGUGCGGUCGUUCUGUGACCGACAGCAGCAGAAGUUAGAGUCACUAGGAGAGCCCAGAGACGGCUGGAGGAGCAGCAUGUCACAGAGGGAGGAGGCUGCAGCACCACUGGAACCUCCAAAGUAGAAAACUGGUGACAAAGGAAAUAGAAGCUAAGACUCUCCAGUUCCUGAUGAAACCAACACCACUUUGGACCUUUAUACUGACAUUGAACCAUGAGUGACGUCGUACAGAAGUGUAAUGGCUGAUAGACCGUGACCAAAGUUCUCACACAGGCAAUGACCUACCUUGCUCAUUUUUGUUCUGCCAUUGUUCAAAAUACACUCAAUGAGAGCCAAUACAUGAAUAGCUAAAGGAUGAUGAUAAUAGGCUGAUGAAUUUCAGCGACUUGGGUAGACAUCAGAGAGCAAGGCAGACCAUCCGUGUUUAUUUUUUUUAUAACUUUAGUCAUGUUUGUCGAUAGCCACUCAGACAUUGUGAUUGAUUGAGAAAUGCAAUGUAUGAAGUCUCCGAAAGGCGUCAGGAAAGCCUGUAAAAUAUAGUUUUUCUAAAGAACCAGUAAAAUGUUUACUAUGUUUUGCACCCAUAAACUUGCAUUCAAAUACAGUGGGAUAUAUCAGGUCUGUUUAGCAGUGUUUCUAAGGCAUCUUUAGUUUAACAAUGAUUUGAGUGAAUGCUCUGGAGGGAUAUUUUUGGUGAGUACAUACCGGAGUCUAUAUUCAAUAAAGGCAUAGUUGUGGCA